GGAUCAGUGCAGCCUGUGAGCAUGUGCUGAGACAUCACACUGAGUACCGUGAAUAUGUGCAAUAACACAUCCUAAUUAAUCAAGCAAUACCAGCAUCACAAGAGAGUGGAGGGAAAAGGGCCAAGAACGGAUUUCGAACUGAGUCAGAUUCUACUUCCUAGAUACAAAAAAAGAAAAAAGGGAUGAGUCCCACUUCCAUCUUUUGAAGAAGGAAGAGAUGGGUGAAUUCUAAAGGUGAAGAAAAGCUGGAUUCUGCUGUGUGUGUGUGUGUGUGUGCGCACGCGCGUGUGCACGUGCUGAAAGGAAUCAGAAAGACAGACACACAGGUUCCCAGAGGGCAGCAGAAGGAACAGGCGAGGCCCCAGGAAGGCAGCCAGCAGGGCCGGGAAGGCAGUGGAAGGCCCUCAGCGAGGCCAGGUCCAGGCAGGGCCCGCCCGCAGGCCUGUCCCGGAAUCCGCGUGAGCCUGACUUGUCGUCCCAGGAAGCUGAAUCCUGUGUCUGUCCACCCUGCCUCCCAUCUGUGGUCCCCCCACCCCUAUACCCCAGCUGGGCUGAGUGUCCCUGGGAGCUUGCUCUCUGCAAGGAUGGAUUUCUGGCUGAAGACAGAGGACACGGACACAGCGAGAGCAGCGUCGUUCGAGCCGAGACACAGAGGCACCGCUGGUCAUGGCCCGCUCUGCAGCUGGCCGCCCCCGCCCGGCCGCGCUUGUCCAGAUUGGCUGAGCCGAUAAGGCUGGGAAGGGACAGAGGCCCUGUAAUCUCCCCACGCACCCGCUGCCUUUGAUGCUGGGCUCACUGUCUUAAUUACAGCCCUACACCCCCAGUGGCUCAACAAGGCGGGGCUGGCACUCCGAGAGGGUGGGGCCGCAAGGCGCCCCCAGCCCUCAGGACCCCCAGUAACUCAGCCCCGUGGCAGGCGGGACAGUCGGGGCCUCACAUCUCAGAGUAGAUGUUUCUUUCGUGUCUCUCCAGGAAGUAUGUGAGACAGCUGGUACCUGGACGGGGCAGGACGGCCCGGAAGAUGAGUCAGGGAACAGCACCUGGAGGGAAGCCCAGGGCCCUGCUGAAGACCAAGCCCAUGGGACAAAGCCGGAUGUCAGGAGGGAGCCCACGCCGGCUGCCCCAGGUCUGCGGACAUACGCCACUUCUGAGACAAGCCGAGGGGGAAAGGUGGGCCCCACUACAUGUGAAUCUUGAAUUGGAGACAGUGUGUUUCCAUUCACUACCAAACCCUGUGGACUUACAAGGAAAAUGAACCAGGCAUGGUGGCGCACAUCUGCGAUCCCAGCACUUGGGAGGCUGAGGCAGGAGGAUCACCAUGAGUUCAAGGCCAGCCUGGGCCACAGUGAGAUGCUGCCUCAAAAAGCAAACAACAACAAAAAACUCCGUCGGAAAAUGAACCCAUAGGCUUUUCAAAGACCUAUGGUAAUGAGUUUGACCCAAGAGAGUCGGGCAAGAGCCAACCCCUCUUCUUCUUCAUGGGCAAGAGGCGGGGGAAGGGACUGCCUCAGUGAGCUCGGGCUGCUGUAGCGAAAUCCCACAGACCACGCAAUUUAAUAGCAGAACUUAAUCUGCUCAGAGUCUGGGGCGGCAGGCUAUCCAGAUCGAGGUGUGGUCGGCAGGCCUGGCUUCUUGCGAGAUUUACAGUCAACGCCCUUCGGAUUGUAGACCACUUCCUCCUCGUCCUGCCCUGGCAGGCGUUCCCUCAGAGUGCACAAUCCCUGCAUGGCGCACGUGUCUGCAUUUCCUCCCCUCACGGCACAGUGGUCAGAGGGCAGCGGGAUCCACCUAGACAGUUCCCUCUUAAAUCACCUUUUCAAAGGCCGAAGUCUCUCAGCAGAGCUGAAUUAGGAGCUACUGGGGCUUCAGCAUACAAACAUUGGGCAGAGGAUGCAUCUCACCCCAAAAUAUAGAUGGUAGCUUUAAAAGAAAAAACAACAAGAACAGAACGAUGAUGAAACACACAGGUCCUGCAGGCCCCGACAGGGAAGCCGGGCACGGCUGCCCCAGGGCUGAACCAGAGUGGGACAGAAGCCACCAGGAGAUGAGGUGGGAAUGAAGACUCAAUGUCUGGAGGACUGUAAACACGAGGAGUCUCCAUGUCCCCAGGGUGGCUGGCUCUUGCCCUCCUGAGUGUGCUGGAUGCACAGACCCAGGCCUUCAACCCCCGGCUGGUCGAGUGUUUCGAGGACCCCCAGUAUGAAGAGCUGCUGCAGCUGGCCCGGGAUGGACUGGGGCACACGGCCAACAAAAAAGAGGUGGUGAUCAUUGGGGCUGGCAUGGCCGGGCUCACUGCGGCCAAGACUCUGCAGGACGCCGGCCACCAGGUGACGGUGCUGGAGGCCAAAGGGAACGUGGGCGGCAGGAUAGAGACCCACCGUGUCCCCGGAGCAGACUGGUACAUAGAGCUGGGCGCCAUGAGGAUCCCCAGGAACCACAGGCUGUCCAUCGAGUUUGUCCGGAAGCUGGGGCUGCACCUCACCGAGUUCUGCCCCUGCAACAACCAGACCUGGGUGCUGGUGAACAGGGUGCGGCAGCGCUUCGGGGCCGUGCAGGCCAACCCCGACCUGCUGGGCUACGUGGUCCGAGCCCACGAGGCUGGGAAGACGGCCGAGCAGCUCUUUGAGCAGUCCCUGAGGAAGGUCGAGGAGGAGCUGAGGAGCAGUAGCUGCCGCCGCGUGCUGGAGAAAUACGACUCCUUCUCCACCAAGGAGUACCUGAUCAAGGUGGGGAACCUGAGCCGCGGUGCCGUGCAGAUGAUCGGGGACCUGUUGAAUGCAGACUCCGGCUACUACGAGGCCUUCAUGGAAACGCUGCGCGGCUUCAUCUUCUUCUUCCACGAGCCCCAGUUCUAUGAGAUCAUCGGGGGCUUCGACCAGCUGCCCCAGGCCCUGCACCAGGCCCUCCAGCCGGGCACGGUGCGGCUGCACUCGCCGGCAGAGGAGGUGGAGAUGGCCGGGGACCGUGUGCGCGUCAUCCACGGGACGCCCGACCCCCUGCGGCCCAGGGCGCACCUGACAGCUGACUUCGUGCUGGUGGCCACCACCGCCAAGGCUGCCCGGCUCCUCCGGUUCCGGCCGCCCCUGUCAGGCAGCAAGGAGGAAGCGCUGCGCUUGGUCCACUACAACAGCGCCACCAAGGUGAUCCUGGCCUGCACCCAGCGCUUCUGGGAGCGCGACGGCAUCCACAGCGGCAGGUCCGUCACCGACCGGCCCUCCCGCUUCAUCUACUACCCCAAGCACGUCUUCCCCAAUGGCACCGGGGUCAUCCUGGCCUCCUACACCCUGGACGACGACGCCCGCUUCUUCUCCACCAUGGACCAGGCGCGGGUGGUGGACAUCGUGCUGGGCGACCUGGCCGCCAUCCACGACCGCCCCAAGGAGGAGCUCCGGGCCCUGUGCCCCUAUUCCUUUGUCAAAAACUGGGGCCGCGACCCCCACUCCAUGGGUGGCUUCACCUUCUUCACCCCCUACCAAUUCGUGGACUACGCCAAGGAGCUCAGCCAGCCGGAAGGGCGGGUGCACUUUGCAGGCGAGCACACGGCCCUGCCCCACGGCUGGAUCGACACGGCCAUCAAGUCCGGGCUCAGGGCGGCCAAGAGCAUCCAGGCGGCUGCGGGCCUGGCCGAGGGACGGGAGCCCGGGCUCGCGAGAGGGCCCCGCUCCAAAAGUGAGCUGUAGGCCAGGCGCGAGUCCAGCCAGCGUGGCUCGCCAGGCCCCGCUCUCGCUUCGUGCUCACUUCCAGCGGACCCAGGCGCUGCCUACGUUACCCCCGCGCCCCGACGCUGUCUCCACCGAGAGCGCCCGGGAGGCAGCCAUUAAAACCACAAAGCACGCUUUGAGUUGAGACUAUCACCAGGUGUCCGUCUACAUCCCGGGUGGCAUCUGUUAUUAGCUUUCCCAUCGCAACACCCACACGCACGACUUAAAAGUUCGCUGGCUCCAAAGCAAAACUGUCCCGCGGGAGAGCACGGUGGACCCCACUGCUGACUCCUGGAAGCUGGGAAGCGAGGGGGAGCUGUGCCGACAGGAAGGGCGCAGGGGCCAGAGGUGGACCCCAAGGCCGCCCAGACAUAGUCGCCCCUCCCAGCUCCGGGGGUCCCAAGCCAAUCAGGCUGACGCCACCCGACCCCCAGAGGAGCUCAGCCCAGCGCCGAAGGCCAGACGCUCGCCUUCCGGGCCCUUCCGGUCCUCUGCUCUCUCUCUCUCUCUCUCUCUCUCUCUGUCUUUAAUCCCAGCUCCCCACCCCACGUCCCACCACUGCGAAUCGUAAGAGGCUGGGGACUCAGGGACCUCCCCAGGCUGCACCACCACAACCCCAAGGUGCACCUUCUGAUAUCACUCUGUGUUCAGACGAGGAAACCUGGCUCUCAGACGAAUACCGGUCACAAAUGGUGCCCAUGGCCCGGAGAUUUAGCCCAGUGGUUCCACCCCCUGCCUCAAAAGCCCAAGGUCCCGAGUUCUAUCCCUGGUACCAAAAAAACAAAACCCAAAAAACAAAUGCUGCCCGAAGUGAUUCAGACUUGAACCUGGCUUCAAGUGUAAUUCCAAACCGUCUUGCUUCUUCUAGGCUCUGCCUCUCUCUUAUUCUUUUUGUGGUCAUGGACAAUUAGCAAUUCUC